AUGCUUCAGGAACUUUUCGAACUGGUUCGCUCUCAAGCAAGUGCUUGGAGGAUAACCUCUGAGGUGGUGUUCGAUACCUGUGUAAUUUUGAUCAUUUUGAAUAGACUAUAUGUCACAACGUCUAUCUACCGCAAUCGACCCCGAAAUAUACUCAUUUCCGGACCUAAGUUGCGUUGGGGAAAGUGGUUGAGCAGCAUCAAAUAUGUCUUCAAUGCUCCAGACAUUAUUCAAAAAGCCUACGAUCAGGCAAAGGGAGAACCAUUUGCUAUUCCUGCUCUUGAUGAGUACCAAGUUUUUGUCUCGUCAGAGGAGCACAUCGCGGAAGUAAACGAAAGUUCUCAAGAUCAUUUAUCUUUGCAUGAUGCUAUGGAAGAUAGAGUAAAAGCAAAAUACACAUUCUAUGGCUUUGAGCAAGGAACUAUUGACCCUCAUGACACUGUCCCAGGAAGAGUUCUCAAGUUUCUACUGAGGACAAAUCAACCGGCAUUGAGACCUAAGAUUCAGCAAAAGAUUGAGGAAGCUUUUUCCCAAGUUUUGUCCAAAGGAAAGGUUAUCAAUGAUUAUGUGGAUGCCGUUUUGAGAUACUCCAACGAUGUAAUUUUGUCGAUGGAAUUCUGUCGUUAUAUGCCUGCAUUCAUUAUCCCGUACGCUUGCCCCGCAAUCAUGGCUUGGAGUGGUGCAAUGGAAAAGCUAGCGACGCAUAUUAGACCUUUGGUUAUUCAACGGCUGAGGGAUAUUGAGGAGAAGAAGACUUUGCCUUCUGACUGCAUAACUUGGGUUAUCGAAUCAUCUACAACUCCCAAACAACGCACCGUAGAACGCAUAGUCCAACAAAUGAUCGCUCUAACCUUCGCCUCCGCCCAUCAACUCCCUCUCGUCCUAACCUUCACAAUCUACAAUCUCUGUCUACACCCCGAAUACAUCGAACCCCUCACCGAAGAAAUCCGCACCAUGCUUUCCUUCCCCGAGGAAAAACAAUACAAAAACAUGCCUUUGAUGGAAAGUUUUCUCCGCGAAUCAGCUCGUAUGAAUCCCCUCGAUGCUCUUUCCAUUCAACGCAAAGUCAUGAAACCUUUUACGUUUUCUUCCGGUCAGAUUAUCCCAAAGGGUAAUAUUAUCGCAGUUCCUCAAGAUGCAUUGAUGAAAUCUCCGAGAUAUUAUAAUGAUCCUGAGACGUUUGACGGGUUUAGAUUUGUGCUUCCGGAGGAUAGAGGAAGAGAAGAACCGAGGAUGAAGUAUACGGAUGUUAAUACUGGGUUUCCGUUCUGGGGAGCUAGUAAGAAGGCUUGUCCUGGCCGCUGGUACGUCAGCGCAUCGUUGAAGCAAAUCCUCGCGCAUUUAUUGACGAAUUAUGAAUUUAAAUUAGCAGAUGAUAGUAAGAAACUUACGAUGGGGUAUACGACGAUGGUUAUUCCACGACAUGGAACGAGGAUUUUACUGAGGAAGCUUGAGAAAAGUGGAUAA